CGCCGGAAGCAGAGUGAACCCCGCCUACAAACCCCGGUAGUAGGGACGAGCUGCUGCGCCGGGCACCUUCCCUUCAUGCCCCGUGGACGGAGCGCUCCCUCCGGCUGAUGGUGCAGGGGAGGAGCACGAGCCCGAGAGCGGCGAACUCCUGGGGCCGGUGAGAAGCCGCUAGUCCAACAGAGGGGCGGGACUUCCGCGGCCGUUUGUUGGCUGGGCUUUUCCCGUCUCUGCUCGCGCUGCAGCUGCUGCAGCUGCGUCCCCCGGGAGCUGGCGUCCAGGGCCAUGACGUCAGCUUCCACCAAGAAGCAUGUCGGGGGUGAGGCUGUGACCCGAGGAUUGGACCCCAUAAUCCUCAAGUGGUUGGAUCCAUCACCUGCCAUUCUCCAGGUUGGGGAGAUCUUCUCCGCUGCUGGUGCUGCCUUCACAAAGCUUGGUGAGCUGACAAUGCAGCUGCAUCCAGUGUCGGAUUCCUCCCCUGCCGGUGCCAAGUGGACAGACACGGAGAUAGAGAUGCUGAGGGCUGCGGUGAAACGAUUUGGGGACGAUCUUAAUCGCAUCAGCUCUGUCAUCAAGGACCGGACUGUUGCUCAAAUAAAGUCUACAGUGAAAAGAAAGGUAUAUGAAGACUCCGGCCUCCCUCUGCCAACUGAGUCACCCAAGAAGGGACCUAAGAAGGGAGCAUCCAAUGUCCUGGUUCCUGCCCUACCUGUACCCAGUGGGUCUAAUAUCCCUGAAACAGGGGUCCCUCCCCCGAAGAAGCAGAAGGCUGAUGUGACGAUGAGCAGCCUGAAUGACUCAGAUGCCAACAGUGACCUAGUGGACAUUGAAGGGCUAGGGGAGGCUCCCCCAGCCAAGAAACUGAACUUCGACCAGGGUAGGAGUCCUUCCUCUUCCCAAACUAGUAUAGGGUUGGGAUUUGGGGGAAAAGAUUCUUAUACCCUGGGGAGAGGGAACUUUGUGGGGUGGGAGAAUAUGGUAUAAUGAAAAAACAGUGGACUGGAGUCACUUGCCACUGACCAGUUGUGCAAUGUCAGUCAAGUCACUUCCUUUCUCUUUUGAAAAAUGAAAGGGCCACAUCAGAUGUUCUAUAUAUUGUGACAGGUAGGCAUUUCCUUGGAAGGUGGGUUUAGGGCUCUCUCUUUCCCUCCUAAUUUUAUUUCCUGUUCUAGACAGCCUGACACUACACUCUGGACUUCUCGUGACCUCUGCUGAACCUCCUUUGCUCUCCCAGUGACCUUCCUAUUCCUGACUCCUUUGACCCUUUUAUCUUGGACCUGUAGACUGAAUAGAAACCUAGAAAAAAGAAUUCUGGAGGAAAAUAAGUUAUCUGCCCUACAGACCCUAUGUGAACACAUGCCCACUGCCCACGAUGGACAUUUUUUUACAGAAUCAAAUAAAGAUUUCACUCUUAA